UUUAGUCUCUGGGGCGGGUUUAAGAAAAAGGAACAGGCAAGUUCAGAGCGUGUAGUUACAAGAAUAAAUUCUUCAAGCAGAAUAAGCGACUUUUCACCAACAGCCUGAGGUGGAACUGAAAGCAGCACUUAUAGAGAAACCUGAUCCAAGUCAGUUAAGAAAAAGGACAAAGAUCACUUGACAAAAUCCCCUGUAGUCCCUUUUUUUUCUCUUGUAACAGAAAAUGGAGGAUAUUACCAAGUUGAUAACUGAUGUGCUCGAGGAACUUGUGGAGUCAGAGCUCAAAGAGUUCAAAAGGCAGCUGUGGAUGGGUGUGAAAAAAGGCGUCGAAGCCAUUCCUCGGGGAAAGCUGGAGAAUAAGGACCGUCAGGAUGUGGUGGACUAUAUGGUGCAGCAUUACAGCAUGGAUGCUGGGAAAAUCGCUGUACAGGCACUGCGCAGCAUCAAGCAGAACGAACGUGCAAAUCGCCUCGAGUCGAAACUUCUGGAAGUUCAGCCGCAGGCGCAAGAAAAUGAGCAAAACCCUGAAGACCCGCAGUCCAUCAACACUUCCGGGUCUGAUGAGCUAGAGCCCAUCCAGUCUGACUGGCAGAGACCACGAGGGAUCAUUAACCGCUUUCAAGAGUUUAAAACCAGACUUCUUUACGCAAACAGAGACGAUAUUUACACACCAGUGAGCAGGACUCAAAGAAAAGGCUUGGCUCUGUUAAUCACCAACAUAUUAUUCGCCAAUAAACAAGACGACCGUGCCGGAGCGGAGAGAGAUGAGGAGAACAUGGAGUGGCUCCUGAAAAACCUGAACUUUAUGGUUAUAAAAUACAGAAAUCUCACUGGAAAUGAAAUCAGCAGAGCAGUGCAGGAUUUCUCUCGACGUCAUGAACAUCAAGACGCAGACAGCACAUUUGUAGUCAUCAUGUCCCAUGGGGAUAGAAUUCAAAAUAAAGAUGCCAUUUUAGGUGUCAAUUACAACUGGCUUCAAAACCGUAAUGACGUCUACUUUGUUGAAGACACUUUCUCCCAUCUGAACUCUGUGAACUGUCCUGCUCUGAUCGACAAACCCAAGGUUAUCCUCAUUCAGGCCUGCAGAGGAGGGCAACUCGGUGGUGUGCCUGUUAAAGAUUGUGUGCCUGAAUCUGACUCGUGGGUGCACAAGGAGAAAGACUUUGUCUGCUUUAUGUCCACCAUGCCUGAUGUUGUUGCAUACAGGGAUGAGGUCAAGGGAAGUUACUUUAUCAGCUACAUAGUGGAUGUGUUCUGCUCAUCAGCCUGCAAGGAUCACAUUAUGGAGCUGUUUAGGAAGGUUGCCGCACGUAUGGAGAAAGACGAACGUUUCCGACGUCAGGCGAAACUCUUACCAUGCAUUGAAAGGACGUCUCUUGUAAAGAAAUUCUACCUGUUCCCUGGACAGUGAAGAUAUGAAGAGUAAACUUAGAGGUUUAGAGGGAAACAGCACAGGUGAUCGGGGUAAAACAUGUACAUCACCAUGCUGAAGGACUUCUUUUCCUGCCAGAAAAUUACCUCAAUGCAAGUCAUUAUUAAAAACACAGGUAUUAGCAGUUUUUAUAUAAACAAAUAUUUGGAAAGGUCUUAGAAGAUGGUACAUUCCCUGCUUGAUUAUUCAACCUACAGUAAACAUUGUAAUGAGGGGUGUUUUCUAUUAAUCUGUGGUGUUUUUAUUUCAUAUUAUUUUCCUUGGUCGUUUAUCAUGUAAUCACUUUAUUACUACAUGUAAUGGUUUGCAUUAAUCAAUUAAACCUUGAAUGACUGCAUUUCAUCAAUUCAUUCAGUAAUUUUGUAGUAGGCUACUUGUUAUCCUCCAUUGUGUUAUAAUCUUAUGUUUUCUGGAGAUCAAUCUGAAAUAUAUAAAAUAAGGAGUGUAUUUCAAGGUGUUUAAUGGUACUUUACUCUGUUGUUAAACAGUUUAUUUUUAUUGCUUGUGCUGUAAUAUCACUGGAUGGAUUUCUGUUUCUAUGCUCAGUCAGUAAACAACUAAUUAUAAGUAAAUAA